AUAACAUGAAUACACGACAACUGGGACAGCAUAUAGACAGGUAUAGGCUCUAGUUAGCGAGCGACAUGAUUGCAGUAGCUGUGAUUGUCCUGGUCUGUGUUCUGUUCUUUGGCCUGAGACGACGUCUUCGUCAACUUCCGCUUCCGUAUUAUGAGGGACGUCACGUGGUCAUAACCGGAUGUGACACGGGCUUUGGACACAUGCUAGCUAAGGAGCUGGAUGCCAGAGGCCUCUCUGUUUUUGCCGGAUGUUUAACAAACAAUGGCGAGGAGGAGUUGAAAAAAUCGUGCUCACGUAAAUUAAAGACUUUUCCACUGGAUGUGUCUGACCCUGACUCAAUUAAGAAGGCCCUCCUUUAUAUAAAGGCACAACUCCCAUAUGACACAGGAAUCUGGGCUCUAGUCAACAAUGCCGGUAUAGCGGGCAGUGUGGGGCCUGUCGACUGGCUCACACGACGGGACUACGAGGUCGUCAUGUCAGUCAAUCUGUACGGAAUGAUUGACAUGACCAACGCCUGCCUACCACUUCUCAGGAAGGAAAAGGGGCGUGUCGUCAACAUGACCAGCAUCUGUGGGAGAAUAACACUGGCCCCGACGCCAUAUUGUGCCUCUAAAUACGCAGCAGAGGCCUAUUCGGACUGCCUAAGACGAGACCUGUACAAGGAAGGAAUAUCAGUCCACAUCAUAGAACCUGGAUAUUUCGCCACAAACAUGACCAAUCCAGACAACCUUGUCCUGUUAUUGCAGGAGGCCUACAGCAGAUGUGACCCCGAGGUCAAGGAAUACUACGGCAAAGGCUUUGUAGAACAAGCUGUUGACAAAGGAAAGACAUUCCUGAGCGCCGUCACCAAUAGCAACCCCGGUCAAGUGGUCGACGCUUACCUUAGCGCCGUGUGUUCGCGCUACCCCGCUCAUAGAUACGUGGUGGGACUGAGCGCCCAGGUCUUUUACCGGAUCUUGUGGAAUUUACCAGAGAUCAUUUCGGAUUUUAUAUUGUGUUCAAAACGUCCGGUUCCUGAAAAUUAUAGGAAAUCUUGACGGUUUCUGUUAGUCACAAUAAUUUAUGUAAUGUUGAAUGUUAGGCCAUGUGUUAGACGAUUCAAAUCAUAUCAGUUACUGUGAUGACGCCUGUAAAUUUAUGGUAAAUUUAUGGUUUAGCCUUUUUGAAUAAGCAUCGAUGACUCAGUGUCGUACUAUUACAAACUUGUUUUACGUUUUUAUAUUUUCUUAACAAAUAAAUUGAACAUAAUGAUCUUUAAGUUUACUGUAUUGUGUAAUUUGGUGAUAAGUAGUGUACAGGAAGAGUGUUAGUCACUUUAUUUAAAACUAAUACAGUCACAUUGUUCCUCAAGAUUGAGAGCUUGGUGCUUAUUAAUUGAGAAUUAAACAAAAUUAUCUUGCUAUUUGAUAUCAAAUUGCAAGUUACAUAAAUUUGAUUUCUUCAGAUCUCUAACCAAUGAACCUAGGUAUAUGUUGAGCCCCGAUUCGUGAACAAAUUGAAAAAUAAAUAGAUUGCACUACAUGUAGAUUAUGUAUAUAUUUUAAUAACUUUAUAUCAAAGACACUACGUCAUUGAAACGUUUGACAUUAAGCUAUAGGUUAUUGGAACAUUCGACACUCUUUGUUUAGAGAGUUUCAUUACACUAUAUAGUUAUUCAGGGUAAAACGACAAAAUUUAUACCCGUUAUACAAUAUUAAUAAGAACAAUUAUCUAUUUUACCGAUAGCAGCCUGACUGCGUAACAAACGCAUUCCUUUACAAAGAAAGUGGGUUUAAAUUUGUAUAGUCUACCAGAAUUAACCCUCUUAUCGACAACAGAGGUCAAUUCUCUUUAAUCCAUGUAAUCUGGCUGCCCUGGACAGAUUAGCUAAUCAGCUUUGAUUAAAACAUUUACAUUCGAAAGGAGACUUUUUAACACAGAGGUCGACAAUUUACAGCGUGUAUUUAUUGGAUUUUGCCGCAUGUUGUUGAUCAUGUAGUGUGGUUUGUCAAUUCUGGAUAUAUAAAGUUAAUCAAAGAUGUACAAUGAAUUGGGAUUGGAUUUGUGAUUUUUGAUUUGAGAACAUAUCUGUUUUUGAAAAUCAACAUGCCGUCCAAAGUCCCGCCCUGGUUCAGUGAAUACCGGAAGGUCAGUGACAGGCAACAGGAAUAUCUACGCAAGAUCCACGACCUCCGGCGGAGCAUCCAGAACCGGGAUGAACAGCUGAUGAUGGUCGCCAUUGAAAGACAGCGGCUACUUAGGGUAAGGCGUAAAAACCCGAAAAACCCCAAAAUGAGCAGUGUACUAAAUAUACAGAUCAAUAGCGGGCCUCAGCCGUUUCCGAACAGACAAUGUGAGAGGAAGUUCUAUCUUUGUCCUACCCCCGUUCCCCGGAAGUUAGCACCCAUUAUCAAAGGGAAACAACUCAUGGACGCUCGGUCUGAGGCGUCGGAAAAGGACCUUGACAAGGAAUCUAUAGACAUCAUUGCUAAACGUAACCUGAAUCUCAGCGUCAUAGGACAGGUCUCUCCGAACUGUAGCCCUUCUCCUAAACCGUUCCAUAAGGAACGACAACUCCUGAACAUGUCACGUGUGUCUAUAAGGGAGGAGGACAGGAGUAGACGUUCCGUGGAGUCGUUCCUCAGUGUGCCGCCAGCCAUGGAGUACAUCACUAACGUCAGUACCAGGAAAGUGGUCUACUCCUCGGGGAAAUAAUGGAGAUUGUCACACCACUUGACCAUAAUAGGGAAUAGUGUUGUGUUUAAUUGACACUUUUGUAUCUUUAUUAAUAAACAGUGUAGAGCUAUGAAAUAAUCCUUCAGAUUUCAAAAUUUAGAAAAAAAUGUUUCAAAACUAAAAUAAAAAUGUAUAUAAAAAUGAA